UUACUUUUGGAAAUAUAUUACAACAGCGUGGGUGAAGAAAUAUUGCGGAAAUUAUUGGUCAACGAGCUGAAGGUUGCCGAAAUGAGCGUUUCGCGCCAUGCACUUGGUUGGAUAGAGUCCCUUGAUUGGAUUGUUUUUGGCGAAAAACGAGCGAGCGAGAGACGCACUUUCAACAUCGAUGGGCAGGUGAAUUGA